AUGGGUAACCUACCUGUCUACAAAUCUUCUCUUGAGGGUAAAAUGAUCAAGUGUCCAUUCUUUGGAAAAGGAGAAAGGGCCAUAGAAUCACUAGGGCUGGUUCAUUCAGAAGUUUGUGGACCUGUGAAUGUUCAAGGGAGGGGUGGUUAUGAGUAUUUUGUCACUUUCAUUGACGACUACUCGAGAUACUCGGGUGGAGACUACAUGGAUAUGCAGCUCCAAGAUCAUUUAGUUGAACAUGGGAUAUUAUAUCAACGUACUGCCCCAGGUACUGAGGGUGGUAUGUUCUAUAUUCCACAAGAUAAGAAAGUGUUUGUUUCUGAAAAUGCUACUUUUCUUGAAGAGGACUAUAUGUCUAAUUUCAAACCUCGUAGCAAAGUAGUCUUGGCAGAAUUGCAAUCUGACUUAGCUAUUCCAAUUAAUCUAAUUCCAUCAACACAAGUUGAUAAAAACAAAAAUAUUCCUGCUGAUCUUCCUCAAGUGACGCAAGUUGAGAUUAACGAGGAAGAACAAGAAACCAAAAUUCUGAUUCAUACAAUUACAAUACCUCGUCGUAGUGGGAGGGUUUCUCGUACCCCGAUCCAUUAUCGUAUGGAUUGUGAAACCAACAUGGUCGUUGGGGACACACAUGAUGAUGAUCUAUUUCCUUUCACACAGGCAAUAGGUAGUCUUGCUAAGGAUCUUUGGCUUGAAGCCAUGAAACAUGAAAUGGAUUCCAUGUACUCUAACUUCGUUUGGGAUCUUACCGGACAUCUAUCAUGCAGUGGGAGUUGUGAGCAAAUACCAGUCAAAAGCAGGAAAGGAACAUUUGAUAGUGGUCAAGCACUUCUUGAAAUAUCUUUGACGAACUAG